AGCACUAGGAAAAGAAGAAGAGAGAGGUAUCAACACAAGAAGAAACAUGGCAAAUGACAAGGUCGGUGUGCUUAACUUUCCACUGUCAUUUCAGAUUACCCGUAUUCGACAUUACAAUAUCGAAUAUAUAGACUCACCCGGUAUUCAACAGUCCUCAAUUAUCGUUUGCUGCUAAUGUGAGCGGAUGGAAAAGGCACUUUUAGUCCAGUCUUGGUGUUGAGUUCGCUUAGCUAACUUAGCGCAAAGCUAACUUUGUGUCAUAAAGUUUGAAAGCUACCAAAAGUUACCAUUCAAACAAAUCAUAUGUCGUGGCGUGGACUUGAAAAAACAUUCACAAUCCUCUCUAAAAAGAAAGGAAAAGCGAGUAGUUAGCGGCAUAUAUUGGCCGCGCUUUACAAGCUAACAUUAGCGUUAGAGAAAAAAAAGUCGACAAGAAGUUUAAGCUGCUAAUGAUUCCCAAGAUUAAUUGUACUUACUUUGAGUGUAGGGUGAGUUUUCACAGAAGUGGGGCCUGUUUAAUGUGAAAUACAUCAACUUUUCACAGUCUGAUAACCACGGUUGACGCCCUGCUGGAUUAGGAGGUGUCAUGUCAGGACAAGAGUGCCAAGCUGUCAGUCAUAGCUCUAGUCAAUAGUGGGUAGCGCUGGGCGAUGUGGGAAAAAGUUUAUCACGAUAUAUUUUUUUCAUAUCAGUCGAUAUCGAUAUAUAUAAUGAUAUGAAAAAUGAAAUUAAAAAGUGCUUAUUGAUAGCAUGUCUUUUCCAACACAAUAAGCUACUGUAUCUGUGAGAUCUUUGUGUCUCUUGGACGUUUUGUCAUUAGGCAGACUGAAUGGUCGGCUGUUUGUAGUGCUGUCUGCUUCACGUGUUAAAGUGCUAUGUGUAGCUGCAACCUGCUACUACACAGUUGUUUGCUACUUUGUUCUAAUUCAGCACAUGACUGGUUCAGUGCAAAGCGGACCCGGAGCAACUGCUCUUUUCAUUGGAUAUUUGUAUAGUCUACCAAAACAUGGCAGAAUGCCUACUAUCGACGAGCAUAUUGACCAUGUUUUAUAUCGAUACCGAGGGAAAUUGAUUUUCGAUAUAUAUCGUUAUCAUUUUAUCCCCCAGCCCUAAUAGUGAAUGUUGUUUUUUCCUUUUUUUCAAUUAACUUAAUCAAUAUAAUCAGUGAAAUGGUGACCAGUCACUAAUAUUUGUUGAACCGCCAUAAAUUAAUAAUACUGUCAUACUGUCAUAUACUGUUGUGUGUGCAUUAUCAUUUCUCACAUGUAUAAUUUAAUGAACUAACCUAGCUAUCAAUCGUUUACCUGUGCUGGAACAUAGUCUUUGGGUAGAUUUUGUGAUUUGUCUUAGUUUUUGGUCAGAGGAGUAAAUAAAAAUUAAAGUCCCAGAUGGUACUAGUUAACAAAUAGUCUUUAUUUUCAACUAUCUUGGUGUAAGAUGUGUUGAGAGAGAAUGGAAGUUUUACAGUUUUACUAUUUAAACCCUGUUUUUUAAACCUUUUUCUUAUAGUACAUAACAUUUUAUUGUCAUACAAUUUCUAGUUGACUACUAUGUUUUUGGAAACUCAAGGGUGACACUGGGUUCUUGGCUAUUUGUUUGUUUGUUUCUUUGUUUGUUUGUGUCAUGCCUGCAUAUUUCUGUGUUUGUAUGUGAAUGUGUGUGUAUCUGCAUGUGAGUACAGAAUCCCUUAAACCAGCUCAAAGACCUGGUAGAGCUGAAGGACCAGCUAGAAGACAUCCAGAGACGGGUGGAGGAUGAAAUACAAGCCGGGGUGCCUCCGGUAAGUCUUACACAAACAAUGACAUGUAGAUGUCAAGAUCACUUUGGUUGUUUUUUUUCCUGACAAGGCAAACGACUGAAAAUAGUUUUUUAUGAAAUAAUUGCCAAGUCCCAGAACCAAUUUUUACCCUCUUUUUCUCUUUAGGGAGGCAGCUUGCUGGGCUCUCCUUUCCUAAAGGGGUUUCUGGCUGGCUAUGUAGUUGCAAGGCUACGCUCUUCGGCACUGAUGGGAGUAGUCGUAGGAACAUGUACAGGAAUCUAUGCUGCACAGAAUUAUGCUGUUCCCAACAUUGAAAACACAAUCAAAGACUAUGUAAACAACCUGAGAGGGGGGAGGAAAUGAGACAACUGGAAUAAAACUAAGAUGGCAAGGAAGGAGGGAGAGACUGCCGCAAAGUGAGGAUGCAGAUACAGCUGCAUAUGGGAACAGAUACGUAUUUCAAAGUUGAGACCUUUUCAUAAAAUAAUGCUCACUAUCCACAUGGAUUCUGAAAUGUUUUAAAGUAGAGAUAAACUGAAAGAGAAAGGAUAAAAUGGUGUAUCUUUUAUAAUUCUCUGUGUAUUCAUCCAGGUGCUUGCUUCAUUAGUGUUUAGAAUGGGUGACUGGAAUAAAUAUCUACAUGAACACGUUAAAAUCCAUGUUGAAAGUAUUACAAUUCACAAUUUCAAUGGCAGCCAGGCCCUUUUUUCGCCCAAAUAUGGUCAAUGUUGAGAUCUAGACAAACUCCUGUCAUUAAGAAAACCCUUACAGCUGCUGUAACUGAUUUCUGAUCUCAACUUUAUCUCCCUCUAAACUUCAUGGUAUACUUAGGGAGAUUCCAUGGUACGUAAGGGUGACCAGCUAGUGUCAGCUAGUUGUCUAUUUCAGGUUAACUGUAGAGAAACACAUAUUUCUUCGACUCUUCAGACACAGAGGGUGUCAGGUUUCUGUGAAGCAGUCAAUGCUUGUAGGGUUUACAGAGUUUGGCUUACAUGGUAGCAUUGAAGCAGAACAGAAAAGCAAGUGAGUUUUACUAGUGUUUUCAGCCCUCUAGUGGUCAGAAAUUGAUUGUUGCAGUCGAAACUAUGUUUGCACUUCAUUGCUCAGGGUCUGAUAGAGCAUGUAUAAUUAUCUCACCUCUCACACCGUAGUGCUCUUUUGUGUUAAAACCCUCUAACCUUUUUCCUGGUCAUUACCGCGGUUUGCAGAUGUUAAGUUUUCGAUAUUGUGUGAUGUGUCUUUCAGGUAAACCCUCCCAAGGGCCAAGUUUAAGUUAGUAAAACAUCCUUUGUUUUUAAUUUAAUCUUGUCUGUUGAAGUUCCUAAGAAACAAACAUUACAGCUUUCAAAAAGUUGUUUUUGCGAUUAUAAACUCAACUGUAAAAAUGUCACACUCCAGUCAAAAAUAACAAAAUAGUACUCCCAAAAGGCUUCUUUAUAUAUUCCUCCUUACAGGCGCCAAAUAUAUGCCAAAGUCCUAUUUAUAUAUAGUUCAAUUUUAUUUGGGAGAUUUUAACAGAUCAUUUCUGUGUGUUUUAGUUCUCUUGUGUUAAUUAUCUAUUACGCGUGCCUACUCUGGUUGGACUUGAUAAUAUCAUCUCAUGCCAUGUGUGCAAUAGCCUUUUUCUGAUUGGAUUAGGCUGCUUAUUUCAUAUGCUGGAAGCAAGUUGGAUCUUUUGCACUUAAAUGUAUUAUAGGGUUGUAAACUGUUACUUGGUCUUGCUAGGAUAAAUUAUCUUUUGCCUGGGAAUCUUCUAAAAGUUUUAAGAAAAUUAGCAAAAUAUUUAUGUAAAAUGAUGGUUGUGCUUCAUGUUUGAUGACUUGUGCACCCUGUAUUUCUUAGUUCUAAAUUUCUAAGAUGUUAGUAUUUUCCCAUAAAAUGCUGUUGCUGUUGAACACUAGUCUGAAAACUUACGAUGCAGCACCAAAUACCUCAAUAGUAGCGUACAUGAUGAGCUGCAACGCAAUAAAGUGUAAAUGGUUAAUUGCUGGGUUGAUUUCAUAGUGCCAUUGUUAUGGAAAGAUAAAUAAUUGUCAUGUCUGAUUUAAAUCACAUUUGUGGUUUCCGAAAUUUCCACCAUGACUAUUAAUCAUUGGUUUAGCAACUUUUUCUUUUUGACAAAACUAUAUCCUUAUGAAUGGAAAGAAAUGUAAAACUGCACUAAGAUGUCUUUCAUAUGCCUGCAGCAGUAGCCAGUUGCUGCCACUGAAAUGAUGAAACUGCACAUCGUGUACACAGUUAGGCCUGUGAGAGGUAGACAAAAAGCCAUAAAGGGUCAUUGUUGUUCUGUUUGUUUGAGUGUUGUCUGGACUGGAAAGCGUACUGAGAAAGUGUAUACUCUUUGUUAACUGAAUCCCCCAAAACAACUUGUGCCUAUUGACAAUCAUGAUGUUAUUGCCCCUGUGUUGCAUGUUUAAGUUCAUCAGUUUUCCUUGUAUUUUGUCUUUGCAUGUUUUUUUUUCUGAUACCUUGUUUAAGGACUCUUAGUGUGAUGGUAUUUAGAAUAGGACAGGUUAACUGUAGUGACUUCAUUUCACCUGGUUAUACAGAUGUCUCACUAUCAUGGGUUUCACUCUUGCAAAUCACAGCACAAAGCUUCACAUCAAACUGUUGUAUUUGACUAUUUAAAAUGUCAUUCUGAUACUGUCAAAGAAAAACAACAAAACUGUCUUUAAAAGUUUUAUUUUGGAUGUUAAAAUAAAUGGAGGAAAGUACAGUUGUCUAAAAAGUCGAUCAUUCCUGGUUGCAUUAUGUUUGAAUCUGAGUCAGUAUUUUUAAAACUGUUUCAUCCACUUAGCUCUAGGUUUAAGAAGACCCAGGUUACUGGAUCUUGAAUGUAUAAAUAUAGAGAUUAUGUUUUAAUAAUUGUAAAGAAAUUAUAAUUUCUCACUGAAACGCUACCAUUUUCCAAUCUGCUUUUUGCUCUGGGUCAAAUUUUCCAAUCUUUUUUUCUAUAGAAACUUUCCAACUAAGACUUUUUUUUUUUUUUAGCAAACUAAAACAUUCCCCCCAAAAAUCUUUUUAAGUCUGAAAAUAAAAGCACACUAAAUUCCUUACUUCCCAAAGCAAUGCUAAAAGUAGACACUUAAUCAAAAGCUUAAUAAAAUGUUUAUAAUCUGUGCCUUAUGAAACCCCAAAGGUUCAUAAUAGUCUUCAAAAUUAAGUUGAGUAUUAGCAUACAAAGCUGUUGCAAAGAUAUGAUUUGGACUGAUGUCAGACUGUUGCUGUUCGCUGGGGGAAGUUCCAUCAGCUUCC